AGGCUGUACGUCUUGCCUACCAAGACUCUCGCUCCUCAAGAGAAAUCACUGAGUCCUCUGCAGUGGUGCAGGCGUGUUCUGGAUCAUCCAAGUCCUGAGAUCGAGGCUGCAAAACGUUCCCUAUGCUUUAGAUUGGAACAAGCUAGCCGAUGGCGGAACCUCUUCUCUACACCUGUCUCCUUGGCUUUUCCCUAUAGUCCUGUUGCGAGACUCACCCCAUAUACCAAUGGCUUUAAUAGUCCCAGCUUCUCUAAAACCUCCAGUAAAGCAAUACUAACACCUGAACGGACAGGUUACAUUUCUAGGAGCUCCCCUUUGAGCCCACAGUCAUCAAUAGACAGUGAACUGAGCACCUCGGAGCUGGAGGAUGAUUCCAUCUCCAUGGGAUACAAGCUGCAGGACCUCACCGAUGUUCAAAUCAUGGCUCGUCUACAGGAGGAGAGCCUUAGGCAAGAUUAUGCUUCGACUUCAGCAUCUGUGUCAAGGCACAGUUCGAGUGUCUCUCUGCACGCGGGGAAGAAAGGGACGUGCGGUGACCAGGAAUACGAUCGCUGUAGUCUUGAGGAUGAGGAAGAGUUUGACCACCUCCCACCUCCGCAGCCGCGGCUGACUCGCUGCUCCCCCUUCCAGAGAGGGAUUCCUCACUCACAGACUUUCUCCAGUAUCCGGGACUGCAGGAGGAGCCCUACCUCCCCGCACUUCCCUUCCAAUACUUAUCAGCAGCCCUACUACUCUCCUCAAGCCCAAACUCCAGAGCAGCAACCAAAUAGGAUUAAUGGAGAUAAACUUCGAAGAAGCAUGCCUAACCUCGCUCGGAUGCCAAGUACCCCCACCAUUAACAGUAAUGCCGGCUUUGCUAGUUCUCCAGUCACCGUGAGGAACAGCCAGAGCUUUGACUCCAAUUUGCAUGGAGCGAGUAAUGGGGUUUCAAGGAUGCAGUCGUGUAUUCCAUCACCAGGACAGCUUCAACACAGGGUUCACAGUGUGGGACAUUUUCCAGUGUCUGUCAGACAGCCUCUCAAAGCUACUGCCUACGUAAGCCCAACCAUACAAGGUGGUGGUAGCAGUAGUAGUAGCAGCAGCAGCAUUCCAGUGUCCAACAACUUGCAGUUAUAUUCUAACACUGGGAUCCCAAUGCCAAACAAGACUGCCAGUCAAGGGAUUGUAGGGCGCAGUGCUCUUCCAAGACCAUCGCUGGCCAUUAAUGGGAGCGGAAUACCCAGAAGUAAAAUUGCACAGCCAGUUCGAAGUUUUCUUCAGCCUCCAAAGCCACUUUCGUCACUCAGCACGAUGCGGGAUGGGAAUUGGAGAGACGGCUGCUAUUGAUGAAGGAUGCCCAUCAACAGUGGAAAAUAAAUAAUGCGGAUUUCAUUACCCAGCUGGCUGGGUAAUGAUGAUUUGGGAAAGGAGGGUCAUACAGUAUUAUUUCCCCCGGGAUUUUAAUAUGUAACUAUCCAUAAUGCAAUGUCAUUUUUAAAAAAUGAACAUCUUAUCAAAUACUAAAUAUUGCACUUAAUCAGUUACCUGAACAGCUGCGUUGUUAUCAGACUAACAAUGGCAGUGUUGGCAUUUGGAACUGAAGAAAGUAUUACAUAUGUACAAAGUACCAGACUAUUUCCUUGGAAAGAACUAGGAGAUAAUGCUUUCUGGGCAGCUUUGCUGUACUGAAAUUCUAAGGUAAUUUAUUCAGUGUAAAGGCAUCAUGUAUUUUAUUUUGAGUUUGGGGGGACUUAUGUAUGUGCUUGAAUUUUUUUCUAGUGUUUCCAGUACAUUUUAUUUUGUAUACUUAAGUUCUUUUAAACUUGCCUGAACCUUGAACAACAGAGAGAUAAUUUAACUUUUCUGUGCCAUAAAUAAUAUUUUUGGGGUAAUGUACUUUUUUAGCGCUAGGAACAUAUCUUACAAAAUGGUACCAUUGGCAAUACAAAGCAGUAUAUUUAUGUUGCAGAAGCACAAAAAAAGUAGCAUUCACUGGAAAUUGCCAUCCAGCUGGGUCAGCGUGGUUUUGUUGGUCUUUCACCAUUUGUUCAAUUGUUAAUUUAUUGUCAUAGUGUUUUGUAUUUAAAAUGGCAGCAUAAGUCACAUUGCACUUACAAAGAUACAGUGAUCUCUAAAACUACAGUUGGUUUUCAGUACUUUAUUACAAAGAAUAAAAUUGUAAUGUUUUAUUAACAGUUGCUUAUGGAAAAUGAGUUUUAAUGCGAAUAAAUCUUUUUGAUAGAUCUUUUACAAAAUCCAAUUGCACUAAUCAAUGCUUUCUUAUAAUGGCAUAUGACUUAAUAUUUGAUUACAACUGUGUAUACUGCUGUUUUGGAAUGUUUCAGAAAUAAAGAAUCUAUUUCAGCAA